AUGUCGUCUCAACAUCGAAUACAAGUAUCAAUAUCUGGAAUGACAUGCAAUAGCUGUGUCAAGUCUAUCACACAAGCAUUACAAGAGCUACCAGGCGUGGAUGCAUCUUCAGUGGCAGUGGAUCUAAAUACAGGCCAGGCGACGCUCUUAGCCCAGGAUCAAAUCUCGAGUCUUGUCAUCAGCACCAUUCAGGAUCUUGGGUAUGAGGCGACAGGGGACAACAAUAAGCAAGAAGAGCCACGACUCCAUGUGACACUUUCUAUCUCGGGAAUGACAUGUUCUCAUUGUUGCGAUACCAUCCAACAUGCACUGAGCAACCUCCCUGGCGUGGUGCAUGAUUCCAUUCACGUUACUCUUGGAAGCGCUUCUCUCUUUUUGAAUGAUCCUCACGUUAUGACAAAAGACCAACUCGCUGAAGCCAUUGAAGAUCUGGGAUACGAUGUCGAUUCGGUACGAUUCGAGUACAUGGGUCAAGAAGAAGCCAACAUGGGUACAGCACCACCAAUGGGCAGCAGCAUGGAAGAACAUUCAACAACACCACCUCAUUACAAGAUCGCCAAGGUCUCUGUCUCUGGAAUGACGUGCUCUCAUUGUACUCGAACCAUUGCUGCCACGUUACAAGCUCUGCCAGGUGCGAUCGUGGAAUCGGUGCAAGUAGAUCUCGGUGACCAGCUGGCGACUAUGGUGUUUCAGGGCGACAGUAUAACGAGCGACGUGCUUGUCAAUGCCAUUCAAGAUGCUGGAUAUGAUGUGGAUGGAAGGCCAAGGAUCGAUACCAUGUCAUCAGCCCAACAAGCAAGUUUGCAAGGAGCUGGCACGACUUCAACUACAAAGAAUAGCGCAUCAUCCGUUCAUAGCAGCAAUAGUCAAUCCACAAUGACCGAUUCAGGGCUCCGCAAGGUGGUGAUGCGAGUGAUUGGAAUGACUUGUCAUAGCUGUGUUACAGCUGUUACGGAUGCUUUGGAACAUGGAGUACUUCAUAUUCAACAAGGCUCCAUUCGUGUGGAUCUCGAGACUGAAAUGGCCAUGUUCAUCAGCCGUCGACCGGAGGCUUCACGUGUACGUCAAGUGGUCGAGGAUCGUGGUUAUGAUGUCGAGAAUAUCCAAAUCAUCCAUAAUCUACUCCCGCCAUUGGUGAUAUCGGAUGAUCCUCAACAAGGACAACCCCUCUCUCGAAGUGCAACAACCGAUUCCAUUGCUUCCCUUGGUGCAGUGUCCGUUGAUACCCCUUCUGUGGCUGUACCAAGUAAGGUGACAAUGCAAAUCUCAGGCAUGACUUGUGCUAGCUGCGUACGUAACAUUGAGCAAGGACUUUCAGCAUUACCAGGGGUGGUACCCGAAUCCGUCAAAGUGAAUUUACUCGUGGGUGUUGGUUCAUUCUCCUUGCAUGGUGAUGUCAUUGACGAAGAGACGAUUGAGCAAGCCGUGAGUCGAAUGGGUUAUACAGCAUCCAACAUCUCCAUCAUUGCCGAACAACGUGAAUCAUCAGCCUCGGAGUUAUCCAACGUGUAUCAAGCUGAUAUGAUCAUUAGCGGCAUGUUUUGCAUGAAUUGUGUCGACAAAGUCCGCCACGCCCUGGAACAAUUACCUGGCACCAAACACGAUUCAAUCAACAUUGAUUAUGAUUCCGGCAAAACAUCCUUCCAAUACAAUGGCAACAACAUCACUCGUGAACGCAUUCGACAAGCUAUUCUACAACUGGGUUUCAUGGCAGAGAGCAUCGAUGUCAUCAAAUUGAUUCAAGAGCAACAACAAAGCGAGAAGAAGAAGGAUAGCUCUCAAGUAUCAACAAGGCUUACGGUGACGGGCAUGACAUGCAGCUCAUGUGUUGCCAACAUUGAACGUGCCAUCUUGAAGCAACCAGGCAUUUUCAGCUGCCAAGUCAAUCUUCUUGCCAAGUCAGCAGUUGUUCAACAUGAUCCUGCCAUUGUUGGUGCGCGUGCUCUUGCCAACAUGAUUGAGCAACUUGGAUACAAGGCUGAAUUGGCACCUACAGGCGGCAUGGAUACGUUGAUGGAUCAGCGGGAAGCGAUGCGUGCAAGCCUCAACAAGGAAAUUGGUAUACUGAAGUGGCGGUUUUAUUGGUCACUUGUCUUUGCUAUCCCCAUUGUUAUCUUUGAUAUGAUUUUCAUGAUGGGCCUCCCACAAGACAACCCUGUGCGUAUGGCUUUCGAGACACCAAUCACUGACGGCUUAAUGGUGGGCGAUGUUGUUUCCUUUUUGCUUGCUACUCCGGUUCAGUUUUGGCUUGGUUGGCCAUUUUACGUCAAGGCAUACCGAUCGCUUCGAUAUACGAGGAGUGCCAAUAUGGAAACGCUUGUUGCCAUGGGUACCACGGUUGCUUAUUGUGCCUCGGUGGGUACAAUCAUUGCUGCCAUGGCUCGACAUACACACAAGGAAGGCAUGAACUACUUUGAGACAAGUGUGCUUCUCAUCACCUUUAUCCAUUUCGGCAAAUGGCUUGAAGCACUCGCCAAGGGCAAGACGGCAGAGACAAUUACCAAGUUGAUGGAUCUUCAACCCGAUAAGGCAAUCCUCGUUGAAUUUUCACAAGCAAGCAGUGAUAAAUCAGCAACAACAGCAGCAGCAUCAGAUGAUGAGACGACGCUUACAACACAACCCUCUAUCAAUUCCAAGUCCAAGGCCAAAGGAGUGAUUGAACGAGAGCAUGUUCCUGAACGAAUGAAUGAACGUGAGAUUGAUGCAAAUGAUAUACAAGUGGGUGACAUCCUCAAGGUGAAUGCUGGUGCACGUAUUCCAUGUGAUGGCAAGCUUUGGCGUGGUACAACUAGCACUGAUGAAUCCAUGAUUACGGGUGAAUCGGUUCCUGUAUCCAAGAAAGAAGGCGACGAUGUCAUUACAGCUACUAUCAACUUGUCUUCGCCCAUCUACAUCCGUGCCAUUCGUGUGGGUAGUGAUACAACUCUUUCACGUAUUAUCCAACUUGUUCAAGAUGCACAAGCCUCUCCCAAAGCACCUAUCGAAUACGUGGCUGAUAGGAUUUCGAGUGUCUUUGUCCCUGUCGUCAUUGUUCUUGCCUUGAUCACUUUCAUUAUUUGGGAGGUAGCAACGAUCUAUGAUAUGUAUCCGGAUGAAUGGGUGCCUAUGGGUGGUGACAAGACCACAUUUUCAGUCAUGCUGGGUGUCUCUGUAUUGGUGAUUGCAUGCCCAUGCGGUCUUGGUUUGGCAAGUCCCACUGCUGUCAUGGUUGGUACUGGUAUUGCUGCACGUCAUGGUGUCUUGGUUAAGGGUGGUGGCUAUGCGCUAGAAAUGGCCAGCCGUAUCACCACGAUUGCUUUUGACAAGACUGGUACAUUGACUCAAGGCAAACCUGUUGUCACCGAUAGUUGGACAGCUCCUACACCUGGUGCAUCUUCAGAAGGUAGCAGCAAUGACAAUGAAGCCGAACGGGAACGUGCAGUGUGGAAACUUCUUGGUCGUGUCACUUCGGCAAGCAACCAUCCGCUAUCCAAGGCUAUUGCAAAGCACGCCAAGCACGUGAUUUCUCCCUAUGAACAAGAUGAUGAGGAGGAUGAAGAUGGUCAACAAACAAAUGAUGAAGCCUUUGCUGGUGUCACUCUCAAGAACGCCAAAGAAGUGGCUGGUCGUGGUGUAUUGGCAACUUUGGCAUUGUCUUCUCAAGUCGCUGUUCAAUUUUGGCCACCUCAUCACCGUUCACAAGCUGAAUCCUCACAAGAGCGCUUAGUGAAUGUAUUCCUUGGCAACCAAGAAUGGAUGAAUGAGAACCGCGCACGUUACGCCAACAAACGACAAGCACAACAAUGUCAAGAUUUACUUGAAACAUGGCAAAAUGGUGGAAAAUCAAUUGUACUCUUGGCGAUGGCACCUGUGGGUGGUGGUGAUGAACGUAAACAUGCCGAUGGAUGCAAUGAUGAAUGUUCUUGCGUGGUAUGCCGUUGUAGCUCUGGAUCCAUUUGUUGCAGUGCAUCACGUACCAUGAUUGUUGGUCAAGUUGCAGUAGCGGAUAUAGUACGACCUGAAGCAAAGGGUGUGGUUGCACAAUUACGGAAGCAAGGCAUUGAAGUAUGGAUGAUUACUGGUGAUAAUGAACGCACAGGCCGUGUCAUUGCCGAACAACUUUCGAUCGACAAGGAUUGUGUACUUGCAGGUGUGAAGCCUGAGCAAAAAGCCGACAAGAUCCGCAACUUGCAGCAACGAGGAGGUGUUGUUCGCAGCAAUAGACGUCGUCUUUGGAAGAAGAACAAGAAUAAUUAUGUGCAGCCAGUGGUUGCCAUGGUUGGAGAUGGCAUCAACGAUUCCCCUUCACUUGCUCAAGCAGAUGUUGGUAUCUCAGUUGGCUCGGCAACGGAUGUGGCUAUCGAAGCUGCCAGCAUUGUCCUUAUCCGAAACAGCUUGUGGGAUUUAUUAACCAUGUACGACGUCUCUCGCGCUGUUGUACGUCGCAUUCGUAUCAACUUUGUAUGGGCGUUUGCUUAUAACGUCACCGCUAUUCCCAUUGCUGCUGGUAUUCUCUAUCCUGGUACGGGUCAUGGUCUCCCAACCUAUGUUGCUGGUAUUGCCAUGGUAGCAUCAAGCAUCAGUGUCGUGUGUUCAAGUCUCCUUCUCCGCUUGUAUCGUGCACCCAAGUUUGUGCGUGAACAACAAAAGCAACACAACAUGUAG